GUUACCCCCACUUCCUGUUACCCCCACUUCCUCUUUACCCCAUCCACUUCCUGUUAACCCCACUUCCUGUUACACCCACUUCCUGUUAACCCCACUUCCUGUUACCCCCACUUCCUGUUAAAUCCACUUCCUGUUACACCCACUUCCUGUUAACCCCACUUCCUGUUAACCCCCCCCACUUCCUGUUAACCCCCCCCACUUCCUGUUAACCCCACUUCCUGUUAACCCCCCCCCCACUUCCUGUUCUCCUCCCAUAGAUGGCGGAUGGCGGCGGCCAACCACAACUGCGCCAGCCGGCCAAGCUGACCGAGGCCUUCAAGUACUUCGUGCAGGGAAUGGGAUACAUGCCGUCGUCGGCCAUGACACGUCUGUCCCGUUCCCGCACCGCGUCCGUUUCCAGCUCGACUUCCGGUGGUGACGGAGACAAGAUGGCCGACAGGAAACGGACCUUGUCCAGGGGGAGCAUCGGGGGGGGGGUGGGGAACAGCCCUGCCCCAUAAGUCGCCCCAUAAGUCACCCCAUAGAGACCCCAGACCCAUAAGUAACAUGCC